UAAUUAGACAUCAAUGUUGAUGCACUGUGCACAUCUUCACAAUAACCAGUGCAGCCUGCAGCCUGUGUCUGAAUGAAUCCUCCUUUUGCUGCUGAGAAUGAGAAUUUUAGAUGUGUUCAAAUUUAAAGGUGACAUCCACUGAAUUUGCCGGUACAUUUAAGGCUCGAGAGAUGACAGAUGGGAAACGCUCACUGCUUUAACAACAUUAUAUGGACAGGGCUGAGCCAUCCUAUGCUCCACUGCUGUGAAGAUCAGAUCCCCAUAGUGACACCCAACAGUACAAGUAACUGAGUACACUGUGCACCACCUGCAUGAAAACAGGGAGCACAUCCAGAAAUUACUUUCGGGAAUCCUGCUUACUCUUCUUACUAAACUGCUUUCAGGAUAGCCCAGACUAGAGAAUCUCUAUGGCUUUGAAGGCAGAAGACUCUUUUGAUAUUUACUCCCAGUUGAUCCAGAGCUUCUGCAGAUAUGCUGAGAACACUACCGUUUCAGAAAGCCAAUCCCCAGCUUUCAAUGCACAAAAGGAAUUCCAAACUUGUCAAGACCAUGCAUGCUGUACACACUCUGAAGCCCAUACGCACAUUUUGAUGCAGCAGUGGCAGCUCUUAGAAGAACAGUGGGAGUACAUUGACCAUCUGAAGACUGAUGUAGCAGCCCUGAAACAGUUGCUGCAUGGUUUCAUGAACUCAUUAAGUGGCACUGACAGUGGCAUGGAGGGUACAAAUCAUUUUCUUCCUCCCCACCAAAACCCAACUUUGCUUAAAGAUGAGGAAAUUGUUGCAAGUGCUCUAAACAGGCCAAGCGUUGAUAUCAAUGGAUUUGAAGAGAACAUCACUACAGGUGCCCAAAUCCAUGCAGCAUUUACCAAAAGCCCCAAAAAGAUGCCUGCCACAAGCACUCCACGGAAAUCUGAAGUUCUGUGGAGCUGCAGUCCGACCCUCGCUACAGAUGGCUAUUUUAUGCUUCCUGACAUUAUCCUAAAUCCCCUGGAUGGAAAGAAGCUAGUUUCCAUGCUGCGCAGCUCCAACUACGAGCCACAUCGUUUUGCAGAGCUUCUGUUUCAACAUCACGUUCCCCAUUCCCUCUUCCAACUGUGGGCUAACAAAGUGAACUUUGAUGGUUCCAGAGGGAAACUUGGCCUGCCCAGAAACCUAAUGAUAGACAUCUUGCACCAAACAUCCAAAAGGUUUGUCUUGGGCCCAAAGGAGAAACGGAAGAUUAAGACAAGGUUGAAUUUGAUGUUGAGGACACGUCAGGAUAGAGCUUGGUGGGAUGUUGGCCUGUAGGCCAAAGGUUUAAGUUUUUGUUAAGAUUUUGACUGUUUUAAGUAGAGUUUUAUAAAUGGUUUGCUGUGUCCGAUGUAAUGCACUAAUUUGCACAAAUGCACUUGACUGGUAAGAUACCUGUCAUGCACCAGAUGUUAUAUCACAUAGCAGAGCAGCAGGUUAGGAGUGGGUUUAUUCACCGCUUUUUGUUUUGUUUUUUACUAAUUCCUUUCCAGCACCAAGAUCACAGAUUGAAUCAAACACUGAUCUGUAGCAUGCACUAAUGUGUUGAGGAGUGAUAAGACUUUCACGCACUGGGUGUUGUAUCACAUAACAAAGCAGAUUGCGAGGAAUGGUUUCAUGCACAGCUUUUGUUUUGGACUGAUUUACUUAUUCUUUCCACUGCCACAGCCUAUGUUAAGCACAUGUGUAUGUUCUGUAUAAUGCACUGAUUUGCACAAAGGCACUUUGGAGUUAUUGGAGUGAUUGAUACGUUUCCCUUCCUGCACCAGACACUGUUUCAUAUAACACAAAACUCUAGACUUUGCACACUCCGUGAAUACACAAUCCACAUGCACCAAUUAUUCCUAGAGAAGAGGAUUAAGCAUAUACCCCUAUAUGUAAUAGAAGGCACUAAAUUUGCCCAGGAGCAGUAACCCAUGGCAACCAAUAAGAUGCUUGCAUUUAAAUUGGUGACUAGUGAAUUCUACCUGCUGGUUGGUUGCUAUAGGUUUCUGCCCCUGGGCAAACUUAGUGGCUUUUAUUACAUAACCCCAUUAGACUGGUAAUAUGAUAAAUACUAUGCAAAAGAAGGGAUGGUGCUACAUGUUUUUUAAUGGCCAUGUCUCUUGCUGAGUAGUUGUUUUAACACAGAACAGAACCCAAGUGUUUUAUUAAUGUCUAUCCUUUCUUUUAAACACGUCCCUAUUGCCAAAAUGGUUAUUUUGGCAAUAGAGAGAACAGGGGGAUUAUUUCACAUAUGUUAAGACACAAGUCUCAAGUUCAUUCAUUUUAAGCUUGAAAGUUAAAAGUGCCACAUUGGGCAGUGUUCUCUCGCCUUAUAUUAUGUCAUCAGCCCUUUAUGCUUCUGAUGGGAAGGUAACGGCACAUACUGAAAUGUCAUAUCCCUGAAAUACUCAUAGUGCAGGGCCUUCAUGGUGACACAAUUAUUAGCAUUGGUAUCUUGUAAUAUUGUAGCAAUGGGCUGCAUAGUGAUACAGUGGUUUGAAUUUUUAUGAGGCACUUUCUUCAGCCCCCCUGGGUGUUAGAAAACCUCAGCCUCCAUGGAAGUGAAAGUUAAGGGCAUCAACAAUCACCACCAUUGGUCAUAGCCUGAGAGGUGAAAACCAGAAGCAUUAUCUUUGUAAACAUGAAUAGGAGAGACAGCAGAAAAGAAGGAAAGAUUCAUCAUUGUCUUUUUUUAGUCUUUGUUACAACCUGUAGGUACUGUCUGCCUUAUCUUAUGUUCUGAAGGUUAUCAGUAAUGACAGGCCCUAGGAACCAGCUUGUGUAUUACAUUCCAUCGUAUCUAGUGGUGAUCAUGAUCAUCAUUCUGCUGGACAGGCCGUAUCUACAAGAUACUCCACCACAGGCCGUCUGGGACAUGGAAACGCUAAAAAAAGAAGUAAAAGCUCACAUGGUAGAGAUUCAUACGCAGUUAUUGGGCAACAGCUUGGUCCUGAUGGCUGAAACAGGUGGAAAUAUGCAUAAGAGCAGUAAACCAUAUAAACCCUAGACAUAUGCUUUAUCUAGCCUAGAGAAAUUGACCGGUUGAUUGGUCAGUCACCAUCAAUUUCUGAUGGAGUGAGAACUUACACUUCCUUUAGGGGCCUAGAGUAUCUAUGGUUUAUAUGAAAACAACAGGCCUAGCAGAGUGAAUGCCUUCUAUCAGGUCCAGGUACUGAAACAGAGCUUGCGUAAUUUAGUGAUGUCAUCAUAUGAUGUCAUUGCCCUCUGAGAGCUCCUGACAUGUCUAAUGGGUUUUAAAGAUACAGAUCAUUGUUGAUUUGAUAAAACACCACUACCACCCUCUUCCUGUGCACAAAUUUGUGUCUCUUUAAGUUAUUAUAUAAAUGGCGAUCCCCAAGUAGUGAUAUUGGUGGUAUGUAGAUGCAGAGCAUCUCGUUCAGGUUCUCUGCUAAGGCUGCCCGUCCUUGUCCAUUCCCUCCUUCUCCAGUCCCAUGACCAUCAAGAAUGUAACGAUGGAUACAGCAGACCCAGCUGGGGGUUAGUAGAGGCAAGCAGAAUUAUAGGGGAGGGGGGGCUGGUGGUGGUGGUGGCUCUGAUUGUUCAAUUUUACUAUUUGUGGGCAAAAUAGAUAGUGUUCUUUAAGGUUUUGGGCAAAGCCCAUUUUCUUUCCCAUUUAUCUUGCCAAGUUACAGUAAGUUGUCUCACAGUGCCUGGCAUAUAAGCUGUAGGAAAGAGAUUUGUGAGCAAGGGUUUGCACCCCUGGACUUUUCAUGUGCAUGCCAGGUGGUACAUUCCAAUGUAUGCCAUGAUACUUCUUGAUUUUUAUUUUAUUGGUUCCAUUUUUCCCUGCAGGUCUGUACCAAUGUAGACCAGUGAUGAAUGCAUAAGAAAUGGGUUGACUGAAUUCUGUCCCCUGGGUAUAGAGCCACAGGAAUGAGAGCAAUUAACACAAGUAAUUCCAUAGGGAAGAAUAUGCUGGCGCACAACAUAAGGGCAGUUGUAUGAGGAAAAGCUCCUGGGUGGCAGUUACUAUGUUUGAUCCUGCUUUAUUCUGGUAGUUUCUCCUUUAAAAAGUGCAGUAACCUCUGCCUGUGGUGCUGCCUCAGUCACUUAAUUAUGUUGUGUGAAGUUCUGCAGAAGUCAUUAAAAAAACCCCAGAAAAAUAGCAUCUAGUGGGUGAAAAACAGAGCAUCAAGCUGAGCAGCGGAUUCCCUUUAGAGUAAGAAAGCAAAGUCUGAAAAGUUGACCCGUAAUAAUUGAUAGCGUAAUUAUCACUUGUUUAUUCAAAUGCUGUACAUCCUAGUCUUCUUUUACCAUAAUAAAGAACAUACAGACAUGGGA